CCGACUUUUGAGUUAGCUCUUGUGGAAGGCUAACUGGGCCUGCGACCCAAAACUAAAGACAACAAUAAUAAUAAUAAAGUAUUUAUUGGUACGCUACCAAUAUUGUAUUAGUUUAAAUGAAGAACUUGUAAGUUCACUAAUUUUUAGUGUUCUUUUAGAAUUUGAAUUUUCAACUGUUAGCAUAUAACAAAUCCUCAUCCAGACCUGAUCCCACUGCUGGUUGUUCAAGAACCAAAUGAAGGGCAAGUUUUCAAUCCUGAUUCCAAAAAGAAUGGUUCUUGAACCUCUCAUAAAAGGGAGAAAAUACUGGCAAGUAAAUUCAAGAAUGGGCAGUAUCACAUUUGAGCUAUACUGGAAACAAGCUCCAAAAACAUGUCGUAAUUUUGCAGAACUUUCUAGACGAGGUUACUAUAAUGGUACAAAAUUUCACCGAGUCAUAAAAGAUUUUAUGAUUCAAGGAGGUGACCCUACUGGAACAGGUCGAGGUGGAGCAUCAAUUUAUGGCAAACAUUUUGAGGAUGAAUUUUCAGAUGACUUGAAACAUACAGGUGCUGGUAUUUUAUCUAUGGCCAACAGUGGACCUAAUUCUAAUGGAAGCCAGUUUUUCAUAACCCUAGCUCCAACACAGUGGCUGGAUGGCAAGCACACUAUCUUUGGUCGUGUCAGCACUGGAAUUUCUGUUGUUCAAAGCAUUGGACUUGUAGAGACAGAUAGCAAUGAUCGACUAGUUGAUGAAGUGCAAGUUCUAAGUGCAACCCCUUCAUAAUGCUGGACUUCCAUGUGUGUGUGUAUAUCUCUACAUAUGUAUAUAUAUAGAUAUAUAUAAAUUCUCAAAUGCAGGAUAAUGCUAAUAAUAUAGCCUGAACAGAAUAAGCUACCCCUAUUUUACAGAAAAAAGUGUGGGUGGCCAGGCCGCCCACACUUUUUUCUGUAAAAUAGGGGUAGCUUAUUCUGUUCAGGCUAUAUUAUUAACAUUAUCCUGCAUUUGAGAAUUUAAAAUCACUUCUUUAACUUUCUAAGACAUCUCAACGCUUCUAAAAGCAAACUUCGUUUGUUUGUUUACGUUUAUUGUAAUUUGAAUUUAUAGAUAUAUAUGCUUUUUUUUGGUGUUUUGGUUUUUCUUUUUGAUGGCAUUUGAAAUAGAUAAAACUAUAAAUAAUAGUAUGCAGAAUUUUGGGUUAAAAAACUCCUUGGGGAAAAAUUGAAGGCUCGUCUAUAUGUUAAUAUUUAUAACAUUAUCUGCUUUGAGUUCUAGCGCUUUAAAAAAAAGAAAGAUGAUUUAUUUCAUAUCUCUUGAAGUUUUCUGAAUUCUUGCAACAUAAACUACACACACUGUUGGAUUGGAUUGUUUCCAUGACAUGCCUUUCAGUGCCUUAUGGAGUUGGAUGCUGGUGAUGGUCUAUUAACACCAGAGUUCUAGCAAGUUACAUUCCAGUAUAGCCUCUUCUUUAUUUCUAAGAAAGAAAUCACUGCAUGUCACCAUCAAUUUCCAUGCUCUUUCAUACUUCCAUUUAGUAACUUUGAUUUACUGUAGAAUAGACAAGAAACAUCCCGAUAAGCUGGAACUGAAAUCUUGUUGCAGUUUCCAACAACAAUCAUUUUCAUUUGUACAUUAUUUACAUUUGACGGAUAUUUGUUCUCAUCUUGUUUGUUGAUACGUUUUGGCUGAUAUACCUGCCAACCUUCAUCAGGUAUCUUGGGGAAAUUUUGAACCUGGGUUCUCAUUCUACAAAAGAAACGGCAUUUUAAAAUUUUAAUCCCCACCCCCAAUUCUUCAAUUUUCACUUUUUACAGAAUUUCUUUUUGCAAAAUACGUAGAAAAAUAUGGAGAUCUCCAUAUUUUUCUACAUACUUUAAAAUGGCAUUUUUUUUUUUUUUUUUGCAGAAUUAGAAUCUCGUUACUCGAAAAUGGGGGUUUCUGUAAAAAACAAAACAAAGGGGGUGUGGUCCACAUUCUUUAUGUCCGCCGUAGCAGGUAUUGUUAUAUUUUGGGAUGGUAAUUUUUUUCCUUUUUUUUUUUUACCAAAUAAACACGCAUACUAUAUACUCAUUCUCCAUUUCAGCUUUAUUGUUAUUCUUAUUUUAGUAUCCUUUGUCUGCAAUAUUUCAUCACACAUCAUGUGAUCUCUUCAGUGACCCAUCCAUCCCACAUAUCUAUUGUCAUGUUUAGUCUAUUCCGUCUUUCUAUGUGUAUCUUUAUCCGCGCAUGCGUUUGCGUCUGUGUGUUUUGUGUGCGUGUUGGAGCUUGCUUAAUAUGCUGUUUGCAUCCGUGAACUUUUUUUAGUUUUGUUGUUUCUUUAUGAAAGAAAAAUAAAUGGCAAAAAAAAAAAAAAAUAGCCAUCCCGAAAUAUAACUAUAUUAAUUUAACUGUAGAGAAAAAGGUUAAAAAAAUGAAUCUUCAAAAUAAGAGGGAAAUGUCAUGAGUUACAUACCCUGGCCUUUGCUUGUCUCUUUAACAGUUGAAGUAGAUGAAGGGGAGAAACUUCUGACAUUUUCAUCUUUUUACUUUCUCUUUCCUAAAAGUGGUGGUUUGUAAUUUGUUGGAGAGUUAAUAAAAUAUCUUGCUGUAUUUGUUCAA